CUCAAUGCCAGUACCAGUGCAUAAAAGUAAUGGGGUGCCUCAAGACUGUCCAUAAUUUCGUAGGGUGCCUCGGGACUAUCUAUAAUUUUAAAGGGUGCCUCGGGACUGUCCAUAAUUUCAAAGGGUGCCUCAAGGCUAUCCAUAAUUUUAUAGGGUGCCUCAAGGCUAUCCAUAACUUUAUAGGGUGCCUCAAGACUGUCCAUAUUUUAUAGGGUGCCUCAAGGCUAUCCAUAAUUUUAUAGGGUGCCUCGGGACUGUCCAUAACUUUAUAGGAUGCCUCAAGACUGUUCAUAACUUUAUAGGAUGCCUCAAGACUGUCCAUAAUUUUAUAGGGUGCCUCAAGACUAUCCAUAAUUUUAUAGGAUGCCUCAAGACUGUCCAUAAUUUUAUAGGGUGCCUCAAGACGAUCCAUA